AUGUUAACUCAUAAGAAAAUUUUACUAGCAGUCACUUCUUAUAAUGAAGUGUUUUACCAGGAUGGUGCGAAAACAGGGUUGUUCUUGGUAGAAGCUUUGCAUCCAUUUGAAGUAUUCAAGGAUAACGGAUAUGAAGUUGAUUUCGUAUCUGAAACUGGUAGUUUUGGAUUCGAUGAGCAUUCUCUUGCUCCAGAUUUCUUAAAUGGUAAAGACUUAGAAGUGUAUAAGGAUUCUAAAUCUGACUUUAAUCAGCAUUUGAAGAAUCUCAAAAAAGCAUCCGAAGUCAAUGCAGAUGACUACGGAGUCUUCUUUGCGUCUGCAGGACAUGCUACCCUAUUUGAUUAUCCAAAGGCCAAGGGGUUGCAAAGCUUAGCUCAGGCCAUCUGGGCGAAGGGUGGUGUCGUUGCUGCUGUCUGCCAUGGAGGAGCAAUUUUCGAUGGAUUGAUUGAUCAAGCCACUGGCAAGCCUUUGAUUGAAGGCAAGUCUAUAACAGGUUUCACUGAUCUUGGCGAAAUUAUGUUGAAAGUAGAUGGCAUUAUGAAAGAAAAUAAUUUGUUAUCAGUAGAGGAUGUUGCUAAGAAAUUCGGUGCCAAGUAUUUAGCACCCAUUGGUCCUUGGGAUGAUUAUACUGUUGCUGAUGGCAAGUUAAUCACUGGUGUUAAUCCUGCGUCAGCAGCUUCAACAGCAAAGAGGUCGCUUAUUGCUGUUAAGCAUAAGCAUACGUAA